AUGCAACGAAAAGUCAUGGACACACUGGCCAGAUAUCAAGGGGACGACUAUGUUGACGGCUGGGCUGAACUGUGGCAGAAGAAUGAGAAUCUUCCCUGGGACAAAGGCUUUCCUAAUCCCGCAUUGGAAGAUACCCUCACGCAGCAAAGCGCGACUCUCGGAGGUCCAAUCACCACGAAUGCACAGGGAGAGGCUUACAGAAAGAAAGCACUGGUCCCUGGCUGUGGCAGGGGUGUGGACGUGCUUCUCCUUGCCAGCUUUGGCUAUGAUGCCUACGGCUUGGAGUAUAGUGACGUUGCAGUCAAGAUGUGUAAGGACGAGGCAGCUCGGAACGGUAACAAGUAUUCUGUCAGGUAUGCUGAGAUUGGACGAGGGAAGAUUACUUUCGUGCAAGGUGACUUCUUCAAAGACGACUGGCUGAAGAGACUGCAACUGCCGCUUAACGGCUUUGAUUUGAUCUACGAUUAUACGUUCUUUUGUGCACUGAAUCCAACAAUGCGACCAGAUUGGGCUCUACGCCACACUCAACUCCUGGCACCGUCACCACGAGGCAAUCUGAUCUGCCUUGAGUUUCCAAGGCACAAGGCAACAGCGGAGCAAGGACCCCCUUGGGGUGUCUCAUCGGAGGCCUACAUGGAGCAUUUGAGUCACCCAGGUGAACAAAUCCGAUAUGACGCUCAAGGUCGAUGCAAAAUGGACCCUUUGCGCGAGCCAAGCGAGCACGGUCUCGAGCGCGUUGCGUACUGGCAGCCUGCUCGGACACAUGAAAGUGGUAAAGACAGUGACGGGGUGAUUCAAGAUCGAGUCUCUAUUUGGCGCCGUCGGUAG